AUGAUUCUUGGAUUUCUCCUCGUGCUGGUCUUGUCUUACGGACCGCGUGACAGCGAAGGAGCAGCAAUUCGGGGGCGACUCCUAACCGAUCAUAGCGAUCACGAUCUACGCGGAGUCGCACACCAAUCGUCGCUCGAGCAGUCGAUCCCCACACCUGGCGACUCGGGCGACUCGGAAAUUCCCUUUCUCGUUGGAGAUGCUCCGCUGCAGCGCAAACUGCAGCAGCAGGGGCGGGAGUUCCCAACGCUGAGGCAGAUUACUCGACAGAUGCUGACAACCGUGAAGCAGCAGCAACAGCGGAAGAAGCAGAAUCCGCCGAAGAAUCAGAAGACCGCCUCCGCUACCAGCAAAACCUCCUGGCCCGAGGUGGUGGGGCUGAAGGGAGAGGAGGCUCUCAAGCAAAUCAAGGCCUCCGUGCCGCCUACGUGGACCGUUGGCAUCAUUCCGAGUGGGUUUAUGAUGACCGCGGAUUUCCGAUCCGAUCGAGUCAACAUCUUUGUGGACAAAGCUGGGAUCGUUCAGAGACCUCCCACGGUAGGGUAG